CAGUUGACAAACACUGGAAAUAAUGAAACAAUGAGCUUGCCUGUCUGGCAUUAGCUCAAAUCUUGUUUACUAGAUUAAAACGAUCCUGUUUUGUUCGUGUCGCUGAGGUCAGUUUUGACGAAAACUGGCCCAGGCAACAAAUCGGCUUGGCCUAUGAGACGAUGGGAGGAUUUAUAAUAGUACAGCUAUGCCAAUUGUAAGGAUUCGAACUGGAUCGUUUAAACUAUUAUAUAUCGUAGAAAGGUUUCCUAAAAUUCAAAACGAGCAUUCUCAAACUUAAACAAAAACAUACUUAUAUAAGUACUGCGGCUCUCAGUAUGUGAAACUCACAGUAGUUAUUUAAGUAACGUUUGUACAUUGAAACCAUCUUACGAUCGUUAUAUAUUUGUUGACAGCGAGUGGAAAUAGCCCGAUGGCUAACAUGUUUGAGAAUAUAUUGACUUUGAUUCUUGACAAAGACAUUAUAGUGUUAAACAUUGUGUCAUACAUUUAUUUUGGAACUGCUGUGCUAGUUUUUCUUCUGUUGUAUUCUGGAAUAACUGCGCCGUACGGUCGGUACGCUCGCGGUGGUUGGGGACUGUUUGUCAAUGGGAAGAUAGCAUGGUUUGUGCAGGAAAUACCGUCCUUUCUCGUACCGGUGGCAUUUAUCGUAUUAGGGGCACCAAAGUUGACACAGAUGCCCAAUGUGUUGUUGUUUACAAUGUUUACCAUUCAUUACUUCCAAAGGGCGUGCAUCUUCCCGUUCCUGAUCAAGGGCGGCAAGCCGACGCCGUUUAUGCCGUUCUCCAUGGCGUUGGUGUUCUGCCUGGUGAAUGGGUAUCUGCAGUCCGCCUACAUCCUGCACCACGCAGAGUAUGGUGCCGAGUGGUGGACACGGCCGCAUCUGUGGAUAGGCGUAUGUUUGUUCUUCACGGGCAUGCUGGUGAAUAUUCACGCUGACCACGUUCUCAGGAAUCUCCGUAGACCAGGGGAAACCGGAUACAAGAUCCCAAGAGGCGGAAUGUUUGAGCUCGUGUCCGGCGCGAACUUUUUCGGUGAAAUGCUAGAGUGGUUCGGGUUCGCGGUCGCCUGCUGGUCACUUCCGGCCGCCGCGUUUUCCUGUUUCACUUGCUGCAACAUCGGCCCGCGCGCCUGGCAACAUCACAACUGGUAUCUACAGAAAUUCGAGGACUAUCCGAAGUCGAGGAAGGCAGUGAUUCCGUUUAUACUCUAGAAAGACAUCAUCUGCACAAGAACAACACAUGUUUUGGACUGACUGCCCGAAAGACACUAUUUAUGCAGUUUUUUUUAUCAAAUAAGUGUGUGUUUAUGAUACAUUCAUGUAAUUCAGUAUUUUAACCUCUUAGUGUGUUUAUGUUACAUUCAUGUAAUUCAGUAUUUUAACGUCUUAGCAUUUUAUAACUCCACAUGUAUAUAUUAAUCUGAUCUCAUACUCUAACUGAUAUCUUCUAAUAAACACUGUACGAGUUUGUCUGUUAUAUGUGCUAUAUACUGAAAUAUAUCAAAAUAAACGAUGGAUGCCAUCA